AUGGUAGUUGUAUUGAAAUGUGAGGUUCUGGUGCAACAGCCUUUUUGUGGUGGAACCGAUUGGACCGAUCGUCAUCUCUUCUGUCGACCGCUUCCAACAAACCAUUGCAACACCCCCUCCCAACCUUGGAUGUCAAAUUUGGGUUUUUGUCAACGGAGCAGCCUCUUCCGGCCGACCUGCUCCGUUGUCUCCUUUUCAGGGCCGGAACCGAGUCAAACCCGGGUUUCCCUAAGAUCCGGAUUUGUCCUGCCUGCAAUCAACAAAUCAACAAAACCCAAAUCUCAACCCGUUGCCGCACCUGCUACAACUGGGUCCAUUCAACCAACUACUCAAACCACAUUAACGGUCGUUACAACUGUAACAACUGGACUCAUCUGUCCCCCAAUUCAAGUAGUCAGUCAGUGUCGGAUGGGACUCUCCGACGGCAGACAACAUCAACAAGCACUUCCAUCUCUUCCUGCUCCAACACUUCACUUCCCCAAGCUCAAUCCGCCGGACAGCUUAACCUCCUUCAACUUAACUGUAACGGCAUAA